AUGACGCAGCAUGGCUUCCCAGGCAAGGUGGCAUGCAGAGCAUUCCCGUUGACCCUGAAAGGGCCAACACGAGUAUGGUUCGAGUCUCUGCCGCCUAGAUCCAUGGACAGUUUUGGCAAGCUGGCCAGACUUGUUUUGACUCAAUUCAUGUCGAGUCGGAGAAGGUGGCACCAAGAAGCAUACCUCCCCACCAUCAAGAAGGGGGAGGAGGAGAGCCUGAAGUCCUACCUGACUCGAUUCAACAAUGAUUGCAUGACCACUGACGACCAAGAUGAGAAAAUAACCUUGACACUUCUAGGAGAGGUAUGGCCUCGAUCCUGGUUUAUGGCUAAACUGGCGAUGAGAACCCCUGUGACGCUAUGGGAGUUCAUGGAUCAGUUUGACAACUACAUCAAUGCCGAAGACACUCUCUGA